UUCUCUCUAGUACUUUCUCUGGUACUUCUCGGUACCACUUGUGCAAUCUGUUGUGCUGACUCACAACAUCCUCUGCUACCCUGUGGAAGGAAGUUAUCUUCCUCUACUCCUCGUCCUCCCUAACUUCACCCAGGAGCCCUCACCGUAUCUGAGCCUACUUUUUAUCUUCUAUUUUUCCUGGGGGUUUUCCAUUUUUUUCCUUCUUUGGCACGGCGGUCAUCCGGCAUUGUGUGUGUGCGCGCGUGCGUGUGUGAGCGUGCGUGUGCGAGGGCCAGUAUGCCAUCAUGUCGUCCCUGGGCUCGUCGUUUGUGCAGAUAAAGCAUGAGGACCUAAGCUUCCACGAGAACUGCGGCGGGGGCAGCUUCGGCAGCGUGUACCGGGCCCACUGGCUCUCUCAGGACAAGGAGGUGGCCGUCAAGAAGCUGCUGAAGAUCGAGAAAGAGGCCGAGAUCCUGAGUGUUCUGAGUCACAAGAACAUCAUUCAGUUUUAUGGAGCCGUGCUGGAAUCUCCAAACUAUGGCAUCGUCACAGAAUAUGCCAGUGGAGGGUCCCUGUAUGAGUACCUGUCCAGCGAGCAGAGCGAGGAGAUGGACAUGAAGCAGAUCAUGACCUGGGCCAUACAGAUGGCUAAAGGCAUGCACUAUCUCCACGCUGAAGCGCCCGUGAAAGUUAUUCACAGAGACCUCAAGUCACGCAAUGUGGUCAUGACAGCAGAUAGGGUAUUAAAGAUCUGUGACUUCGGGGCGUCUAAGUUCCUGUCCCACACCACCCACAUGACGGUGGUGGGGACAUUCCCCUGGAUGGCCCCCGAGGUCAUCCAGAGCCUCCCCGUCUCCGAGACCUGCGACACCUACUCGUACGGGGUGGUGCUCUGGGAGAUGCUGACUCGUGAAGUCCCCUUCAAAGGCUUCGAAGGCCUGCAAGUCGCAUGGCUGGUAGUGGAGAAACAAGAGCGUCUGACCAUCCCGACCAGCUGCCCAGCGAGCUUUGCCGAGCUGAUGAGAAAGUGUUGGCAGGCAGAUCCAAAGGAGCGCCCCCUGUUCAAACAGGUGUUGAUGAUGCUAGAGACCAUGGCUAACGACAGCCGGCUACCAGAGCAGUGUAACUCCUUUCUACAUAACAAGGAUCAGUGGAGGUGUGAGAUCGAGUCCACUCUGGAGCGUCUGCGUAAGCUGGAGCGGGAGCUGUUCUCCAAGGAGAAGGAGCUGGAGGAGCGGGAGAGGAGGCUGAGGCUGUGGGAGGAGCGGCUGAUGGAGAGGUCCAACAUGACGCCCAGCCCCAACUCCCUGCUGCUGGAGCGCAACACCAUCACCCCGUUCUUCACGCCGAUGUCCAUCGGCUCUUCCGGCUCGUUCUUCCGCUCCCACUCCCAGGAGUCCAACAGCGCAGGUCUGACCAGUGCUGGUCUGAGCAGCGCUGGUCUGAGCAGUGCUGGUCUGAGCAGCACCGGACUGGGCAGUACUGGUCUGGGCAGUGCUGGUCUGAGCAGCUGCAUCCUGCGUACCCUUAGCAACGGGGACACGGAGCGGGGGAGCGCUGGGGGCAGCAGCGGGGGGCUGGGCUCCCUGGACGGGGGCCGGCUGCAGGCCAUGCUCAGGGGCUUCCAGGGGGGCUUCGGACAGGACGAAGACGACGAUGGGGAGGAGGACGAGGAGGAGGACGAGGAGGAGGACGAGCGUGGCACGCUGGAGGAGAUCAGCAGGGGGGGUCAACAGGGCGGGGGCCCCGGGGAGCCGGGGGGGGCCAGGGUGCAGGUGACGGUGCGCAGCUUCCCGGGCGGGACGGUGGAGAGGGAGGAGAGGAGCUGGGGGGACGCGGACCGGGGCGGGGUGCAGAGGAACAGGGUGACCACCAUCGUCAGGGGGUUCUCGGGGGGCUCCCAGCACGGGGACGGCGACGGCGAGCCGGAGGGCCGCUGGGAGCUGGAGCGGCGGGGGUCCAGGUCGGAGGAGCGGGGGGGCAUGGGGGAGGGGGGGUCCGAGGGGAGGAUCCAGACCAUGUUCAAGGGGAUGGGCGCCAACCUGGGGGGCUUUGGGGAGAUGCUGUCGCUGGACCUGGACGACAUGGGCGGCGAGAUGGGCGACAUGGACAUGGGCGACAUGGGCGUGAUUAAGGUGGUGGGUCACGGGCUGAGGAGCCAGAGGAGGAGCGACAGGGGGCUCGUGGUGCAGGGCGUCAGGGGGGACCGCAGCCAGGCCGUCAGCCAGAAGACCAGGGGGGAGGUGGGGGUCACGCGGGGCCACUCCGGGGUGCAGGUGAGCAUGCGCUCCUCGUCCAAUCAGAACUCUUCGAGUAGCUGCAGGGUGCGGCACGGAACCAAGAUCAACAUGGCCACCACCGCCAUGGACAUGAUGGAGCUGGGAUGGUCUGAUGACAGUGACUAG